AUGGUUGGUGUGCCUGGCAGAUUAAAGGCCUGCAAGACCUGCCGAAGCCGAAGAGUCAAAUGCGAUCUACAACGACCUGGCUGUGGCCAAUGCCUGAGACGGCAAGUCACAUGCGGUGGAUACGAGCGGCAGCUCAUAUUCGUCAAUAACACUUCACAAGAAGUCCCAAGUGCCUCGUUCAGCCUUGGGAACAAGGCCUAUUCGAUUGCGGACCGUGGAAAUGAAAGAACCCCGACUAGACCGCCUCUGUCGCCGCAAACCAUUCAUCAAUAUGCAUUCGUUUCAAGGGCUUCAGAGGAACGCAUGGUGGGUUGGUUUUGGUCCACCUAUCUUCCAAACGGCCGAUCGGCUUCAAGUGAUACGGCACAGUUUUCGCUAUACGGCUGGACUACUCUGAUUCAAGACCUGUACGACAAAAGCAGCAUGGUCCGGGCAGCAGUCUUAGCAAGCGUGUUGGGAAGGAUGGCCGAGGUAGAAAAUAGCCCAACCAUCCGCCGAAAAAGCCAUGAGCUUUAUGGAUGGACACUGCUUUCUUUGGGGAGGAUUCUUCGAGAGCCUUCCAAGCAUCCAUGUUACCUAAUUCUCUCGGCUCUGAAGCUACUGGGGUUUUACGAGCUCUGGUCUACAUCAGAUGAAAGUAAUCAUCCGAACCCGUUCAAAGCGUGGAGCUCGCACGUCACUGGCAAUGCUGCAUUUAUACUACUGAGAGACCCGAGUGCCUUUAUCGAAGGGCAUGCCCAUAGACUCUUUGCCGACAGCCGCUAUGGUCAGGCUAUCGUUGGAAUUAAGCUUAGGAAGCCCUCACCUUUGGCGCAACAAGAGUGGAAAACCAUUCCAUGGAAGACCAUCCAGAAGACGUCCAGGGAUAGCCUGCUCGACAUUAUGAUUGAACUCCCAGGAAUUUAUGCGGAGGUAGACUCCAUCGACGCUUGCAAAAACCAAAAUGUCCAGAAAGCUCGCCGAAGACAGCUAAUAGCGAGAUGCUGGUCACUUUCGAAUGAUCUCCAAGGCUGGGAAGCCGUAUCCGGCCGACCGAUGCUUGAAUUCGCAGAAUGCGUAUUGGAGUCGGGAAAUCAAACCCGCAGCGAUCCCUUAUCGCCCGAGAAUCUUUCAAAGGGGAUCCUUAUUUUAAUAUACUGGGCUGUCUGUAUCAUGUUAUACGAUGUUCUCCAAAAUGAGGCAGACCUCUACUCCUUUUCCUCCAAAGCUCGGAAAAUAUGGCCUCAUUUUACCGAACCAUUAGUUUACUGUCGCAAAAUGGCUGCUUUACUGCCUUGUUUCUUGAAUCCCGACACGAGCACCAACUACUUGAUCCUGUAUCCAGUGGGCAUUGCACUUCAAUACCAGCUCAGAAUUGACAAAGGCACCCUGUCCGAAGAGCAGACGGCUUUGAUGCAGGCUUUCACGGGCAAUGUAGGGAAGACUGCAAUGGCAUUUAUGAAUGAUGCACAUGGUUUCAAAGGUUCCGCACCUCAUUUGUCUUCAGAUUAG